AUGUUGGUCAAGACCUCAAGAUUAUUUACCCUGCUUUCCGCAGUUGCAAAUUUGGUGUUAGCCUCUAGCAAAACUCAUAAUAAACCCGAAAACAACGGGCUACAGGAUCUAUUGACAUGGGACCAGCAUUCCAUCAUAGUACGCGGAGAGCGGUUGAUGAUCUUUUCAGGAGAAUUCCACCCAUUCCGCCUUCCAGUCCCAGGUCUUCGGCUCGACGUAUUCCAAAAGAUCAAGGGCAUGGGAUUUACCGGCGUAUCAUUCUACGUGGACUGGAGCCUUGCUGAAGGCAACCCCGGGCAUGUUAUCACGGACGGAAUAUGGAGCGCGCCAAGCUGGAACUCAUUCGCCCCCUUAGGCGCAAAUCCUAGUGUUCGGCCUACUUAUAGCUUCCCAUAUGAUUGGCAAGGACGAACGAACUGCAAAGUCCAACGACUCCCUUCGCUAUUGCUGAGUUCCAGGGGGGUCUGCCGGGGGAUGGUCCCAUUAGUAAACAAAGAAGGAACCAAAAUUAUCCUAGGGGAGGGGGUUCAGGACAUGUGCGACCAGUUAGUAAACGAAGAAGCUGUCACAGUUGUGUACAAGAACAACUACAGCUUUGGCGUCAAGAUCUUCAACAUUUACAUGACUUUCGGAGGCACCAACUGUGGUAACCUUGGGUAUAUGGGCGGGCACACAUCAUACGACUAUGGUGCAGCGAUAACAGAAGAAAGGGCGAUAUGGCGGGGAAAAUAUACUUCUCCUGCCUAUCUGACAGCAACUCCUCAUCUCGAAGCGAAUGGCACCUACGGCGCACCCUCGAUAGCUGUGACUGCUCUCCUUGGGAAUGGGACAUCGACAAAAUUCUAUCUUAUCAAGACAUGCGGACUUCACUACACGCUCAUAUUACCAACAAGCAUGGGGGCCAUCAAGAUCCCUCAGCUGGGAGGCCAUCUGACGUUGAAUGGACGUGAUUUCAAAUUCCACGUCACAGGUUAUGAUGUCGGCGGCAUCAAUUUGAUCUACUCCGCAGAGAUAUUCACAUGGGCGCGCCAACCAGGAUCCACCCGUGUAUUAAUUCUCUACGGAGGCGCCGGGGAAACACACGAGUUUGGUAUGCCUAGUCAUCUUGGAAAGCCAACUAUCAUCGAAGGAGACGACAUCGAAAUAAAACAACACGCAUCUGCCUGGAUUGUGAAGUGGCAUGUUACACCAGCCCGACGAAUCGUUCGGGUAGAAGAUCUCCAGGUCUACCUGUUCUGGCGGAAUGACGUAUACAACUACUGGGUGGCGGAGUUGCCGGUAUUAGGUCCGAUUGGAAACUACUCGUCAGCAUCGAAGGACGUGGUAAUUGUAAAGGCCGGAUAUCUUAUCCGCACAGCCGAUCUGAUAAACAAUCAGCUACGACUGACAGGUGAAUGCCACGACGGAAAUCGAGGUUAUCUCCACUUCAGCUACGAGGCCGAAGGUAUCAACUUUAAUGGAGAAGUGCUACACACUUCAACAGCGUCCAAUGGGAACCUGCGAGGGACUGUCAGAUACAACCCUCCCAAGUUGGACAUUCCCGAUUUGUCCAACCUCGAACGGAAGUUCAUUGAUUCUCUCCCCGGGAUCCAGGCGUCGUACGACGACUCAGCUUGGACACCCUGCGUAACUGAACUCAACACACAGUCCUCGGCAGCUGGAUACUCCGAGUAG